AUGACGCUGCCAAAGACGGACGCCGCGGCCAGGCCGGACAGCCUCAUCAACAAGCACGACGGCCUGCAGUACUGGCAAAAUGCCACCGCCGACGUCGACGGGAUGCUCGGCGGCGUGCCCGCCCUCUUCCGGCCCAUCUCCCGCAUCGACCUGCAGGGCUCGCGCACCUUUCUCGCGCGUCUCGGCAUCGGCAGCCGGGCCAAGGUGUCUCGGUGCAUGGAAGGCGGCGCCGGCAUUGGAAGAAUCACAGACGGCCUGCUGGCACACGUAGCCGACCAGGUUGACAUUGUCGAGCCCGUGGCCAAGUUCACCCGGGCGCUGCGCGACUGCCCGGCCGUGCGCCGCAUCGACAACGUCGGGCUCGAGGACUGGGCGCCGCCGCCCGACGGCACCCGGUACGACCUCGUCUGGACGCAGUGGUGCCUCGGCCACCUGACGGACGCGCAGGUCGUCGCGUACCUGACGAGGUGUCGCGGCGCGCUGGUGCCGGGCACGGGCGUGCUCGUCGUCAAGGAGAAUCUGAGCACGAGCGGCCAGGACGUGUUUGAUCCCGUGGAUAGCUGCGUGACGAGGUAA